AUGGUGUUCACGGGUGUAACGGCCUGGCUGCUGGCGAUGUUUUACGCUGCCGUGUCGUGCGUUGAGAGGCUGCAGCGGUUGUUCAAAGGCGCAGUUGAAGUGGCGAUCACCAGCAUCUGGCUCGUCUUCUGGCUGGCCGCUGCUGCCUCCUACUCCGCAUUUGGAGAGUGCAAGAUCAAAGACGCGACGUACCGGACGUUCUCAAACUGCGACGCCCUGCUGGCCUCGUCGGCGUUCGCUUGGAUGAGUGUGAUCCUGUGGAUCCCCUCCUUGGUGCUGGCGGUCAUCGACCUGCGCCGCGGCGACGGGGUCACCGGCGGCCGGUACGGCUACUGA